GCGCUAACAAAUCAGCAGGGGAUUGUUCCGGACCAUUGCCCGGGUACUUUCGAAUUGGAUAGCGCUUUAGAAUCUGGUAUGAGAGGAAACGAAUUGAUUCCGGCUUUACUCAAUGAUUUCAACGUCUGGCAAACAUGUCCACCUGAUAGAUGGGUUAAGGCAGAUCUAUUCAUCCUCUCGUCUACCUAUUCCCCAGUAUCCAACGGAACUACAACCGUUGGCCCUUUGGGCAUCCUUCCAGAUGAAAUCAUCUUCGAAAUCCUCCUGAAUAUACCAAUUGAGAGCAUCCUCUCUUUUACAUCUACCUGUAAAUUCCUACGCCACCACUUUGGAAGAGAGGUUGACAAGUUCUACGCCGCAUGCAACGACUCAAACCCGUCUCAAGCCGAAUCUGCAUACUCAAAACCCGCCGAUGUAUCGGCAAUUUUCUCUGCCAAUUUCCCUCUCCUAGAGUUUUUCCGGACCAACUACCGCACGGACUCGAUGAGGAACCGAAGAAGGCUAUGGAAAAUAUCUCAGCAAUUUCGGGAAGAAUGGUACCGGUACAGAGUAGAGGAAAACGAGCAGUUCAGAAAGUGGCGUAACCUUGAUCCCAACCUACGCUCCCCCUUAUCUGCGCUAUUGCUCCAAAACUCCAUUACUCAAUUAAACACUAUGGGAUGCUGGGAUGAGCUCUGUCUCAUUUGCGGUCUGAGACCAGGUGGAGGACCUCGCCUACUUUGCGGAGAACUUGAGAAAUGUUUGGACAUGAUCAUCCAAAGCCUCGAAAAGCAGAAAAUUAAAAUAGAAUCUUAUGAGGAUGAUGAUGAGCUAAUCGAAGAUAUUAAAAGAAUUCUCUCGCUAUUCGAGGGCGGAGACUUCUAUAUACCUACGAAUUAUGAGAGGGCCGUCGAAGAAGGCUCCAUAUCGCCUGGGUCCUAUUUUCCAUUCACAUACGAACGCAAUAACUGGGAUGGGUGGAAAGCGAUCGCAAUUGGCAUUUUCGACCAACAAUCUAAUGGUGACGGUCCGCCUGGGAAAGGAAAGGCGGUGACCACCCGCCUCGUCACCCAUUGGACCGAAGUUGGAGGAAGGUUCGGCAGGGUCGAGGGAUCAGAUGUAGCAGUCUAUACGGACGCUAGCGCUAGUAGCGAUGCGUUCUUCUGCCUCCGCGGACCAUAUUUCUACGUUCAAUCUUGGAUUGACAGGGACUCUCUUCCUCCUCGGCAAGCAACAUUUCCGCUCGAACCGGAUAUGAGUUUUGAAGGCGAGUUCUAUGAGAUUGUUCACUAUCGAUUAAAGCGAAUGGAAUACACUGGGAAAUUGGAGGAGAUAGAUUAUGAAGGCAUAGAUUUGACCCUGGACCAGUGGCAAGACACGUUUUGUCGGGUAUUUACUGGAGCUAAUGAGUUGGGUCGAGCUCUGAAGUGUGGACGGAGAGGUAACGACCUGAUACCAGCACUUCUUCGGGAUUUCAAUGUCUGGCAGACCUGCCCAGCGGACAGCUCUACAGGCAUUCGUGUAGCUCGAUCCGUUAGAGGCAUUGGUCACUGGAAAACCGUUCCAGUAGAGAUCGUCAUAGAAGUUCUUUGCAAUCUAUCCAUUCAAGAAGUUCUAUCAUUCGGAUCUUCCUGCCGCGAUUGCUAUUGGUUCUUACCCGUCGCUAAUGUCGAGGGCGAGGUCGAGAAGUUUCUCAAGGCGUGCAAAGAGUCUAAAUAUCUCAGACCAAAUGCAACCCGGCUAAAAUCGUCAUGCAACUCGACGAUAUUCGACCCAGACUUUCCUACCUUGGACUUCUUCCGAGCCAAUUACUCUUCUGACUCGAUGAAAAACAGAAGGAGACUUUGGAGGAUAUCUCAACAAUUUCGUCAGGAGUGGUACAAAUAUAGAACUGAAGGGUACAAGAGAGCGAUUUGUACCUCUUAUGAGGAGAAUACGAAUGGUGAUGAAACGAUUGUUGAUGAAGAGGAUGAGGGGAAAAUCAUAUCAAAAUGUCGGCCAACGCUGGCCGUCCAACGCAUCAGUGAGAUGUAUACUCCUUCGUUCAGAGGGCAUCGGGGAUUCUUUGCCACAUGUCGAGAGCGCCAUUUUCCCUUUACUGGUUCAAGGGAGAGACUUCAGCAGAAGGCUUUCGUGGUCCUAGUUCUCAGGCAUACUCGAGAAGAGGCAUAA